UUUUCUUAGUUCAGUAUGGUAAAGAAGAGCAACGUGGAUACAAGUUAAAUAAACAUGUGAUUGUGUUAAUUUUUUGACGUACUUUUAGUUGGAGUAAUUUUACAGUUUUGAAAUUCGCACAUCUAGAACUGCCUAGGAUAUUUACUUCACAUAGAAAGUAGCUAUAUGCGAUAAAUGAUUUAUGUAUUUAUUUUUGUAAGAAUUUUUAAAGUGAAGAAAUAUGAAAUCUUUAGGUAGGCACGUGAAAUUUUUGUUUGUGGGAUUACUUCUUGUAUCUGCUAUUUUGCUGCUUAUGACUACUACCGUUGUAAGACAGGUCUGGGAUUAUAAUGGAUUAUCUUACGACUUUAGUUCUUCACCAGAAAUUUUAGAGGGAGUACUCCAACAGCAAGUUGAUGUCUGUCUUAUAAAACCGCCUUCAAGAAACCCACAGUUUCUUAUGGAAGAUGCAGAUUCAUUCGAGUCAUUUCAAGAUAAGGCAACAAAAGAGACUUCCAGGCAUACACUUAUAAAUACAUUGGCAAUAUUCAGUGAUGUUAUGGAAGUUAUGGGAAUUAAAACUGGAAUAAUCGAACCAUCCAUUCUAUUCUGCAUGCUUACGUGGCCGCAAAAGCAGUUACUGAUGAAGAGAAAUUUUAACGUCAGCGAUGUAGUAGGCUCUCAGAAUACAGUCACUCUAGGUAUUUUUGCAAAAGAUGCUGAACUACUCGAACAGGAUCCAAUUCAGUCAAGCAUCAGGAGUAUGGGGUUUCAGAUUGUACCUGUCAAAGAACCGUUACGUAAUUGGAUGCAGGAAAAAACCAACUUUCAUCGCAACAAAACUUUCACAGGGCAUAUUUUCUACAAAAGAGGAAUACAUUUAAUACAUCUGGUUGUCUUUCAAGAACGGGCCACUUAUCUUUGGCAUGCAGGCCUUUCGGAGCAGGUGAAGAGCAUUCUUCCACUUCAGGACCUUCUGUUUGUGGAUGCAGAUUCCUCAUAUGAAAACUUCACCUUCGUGCCUCUUCUCUUGAAAAAAUACUCCAUGAGUCUUUAUGUGCCUUCAGAUCCACAGUAUUUCCUGUUUCAGAUUCGAAAUUCACGAUUCUUAGAAUGCAAUAUGUCAAGAGCUGCAAACUUAACCACGACUCCAGAUCCCAAUUCGAAAUCACUGGAAGCUUUCAGAAGGAAAUUCAUCAUCUCUCUGCGGGAGCUGAAAUCAAGAUUUAGACCACUGCUACAAACAUUCUGGAUUUGGUCAGGAACGAUGCUGGGUUGGUAUCGUCAAUGCGACAUAAUCCCUUACACUACUGACGUGGACUUCGGAGCAUGGGCCUCAGAAGUAGAGGAUUUGGAUGCGCUAGUGAAACUUUUCCUUAAUGACAAACAUUUAUCUAUCAGAGAGAGAAUGGGUCUGGUUGAUGAAGCAUUAGAGUUUCAACUUCGCUGCUACGGAUUAAGAGUAGACGUAUUUUUCCUGUAUAAAAUACAGAAUGGGACUUGGUACUCCGGUCAUCGUUCAGGGCGUGGGUACUACUUCAGGUAUUAUCAUCCAAACUUCACGCUGUGCUCUGGUGAUCUAUUAGGAGAAAGGGUUCAAGUUCCUUGUGAGACGGAAAAAGUAAUUAUUGCCGAAUAUGGUCCAGAAUGGAGCCUUCCGGUGCCCAAUUGGUAUUAUGAGUCUUCCAUCAAGAACCGAGGACCUAACAUUUAUUGGGACAAUUCUAGAGUUAAAUUAUCUUACAAAGAAUAUUCUUGACACAAGGAACAUUUCAAAAGAACUAAGCGCACCGAAAAUUCUAUCAAAUCUGUAUUUUGUUAAUAAUAAAAAUUGUACUGAAGCUUGUA